CUUCGCCGUCUAGCCUCAACCAACCCUGCAACGGCUGCUCGAAUUUCCCUCACGCGCCCGAAACACCUUCAGCUGCAUGCCGCCAGCGCAGGUCCAUCAUGUCGCAACGACAAUGACGCCAUUCCUUUAUCCCUUCGUACCCGAGUCCUGCCUCUACUCCACCCGCCCAGUCGCCUUCCGCUUCUUGCGCCUCACCCAUACGCCCCGCAGACGAUGCUUGAACACCACCGUCCGCCGCCAAGGCGUUGACUUUGCCACUUCUCGUACGGCUGAUGUCGACGGAGAGCGUUCGCUGAACCCCACGCCGGACUCCUACUCGCUCACGCCCUUCGCCGACAAAUGCACCCUCAGUCUGCACGCCGGCGAAGGCGGCCACGGUUGCGUCUCUUUCCUGCGUGAGAAGUUCAUCUCCGAGGGACCGCCCAACGGGGGUGAUGGCGGUACAGGCGGCAGCAUAUUCAUCCAGGCUGUCCGCGGCGAGACAUCACUGCACAAGCUGGCCCGACGCGGGCAGUUGAAGGCAGGGCGUGGCAGGAACGGGCAGGGCAAGUUGAAGGGUGGCGAACGGGGCGAGGACGUCCUGAUCACCGUCCCCGUCGGCACAGUUGUGCGCGAGCUGUGGCGACGCGAUCCCGUGGACGAGGACCUGGAAAGGUACCGUGAAGAAAAAGCCCGGAAGCGCGCGCUGAAGGAGAGCGGCGAGGAAGUCACACCGGGAGAGUUCAAGCACGAACAGUGGUUACUUUAUCCCGGAGCCUCGCCGUCCAUUUUCCUGAAGGAGAUACCCAAGAUCCCAGGGCCACGACGGGCUCCAAUUGCGCACAUGGAGCCCCGAGGCCCUCUACGCCUGGACCUGGACAAGCCGAUGGAGCGGCCCAUGCUGCUAGUCGCGGGCGCAGUCGGCGGCCUUGGGAAUCCGCAUUUUAUAAGCAGGACGACGCCGCGGCCGCAGUUCGCGUCGCGCGGGCAAGACGCUACAAGGGUCGGGGUGCAACUGGAGCUGAAGCUGCUCGCGGAUGUGGGGCUCGUCGGCUUGCCCAAUGCCGGCAAAAGCACCCUGCUGCGCUCGCUCAGCAACUCGCGCGCGCGUGUCGGCAACUGGGCCUUCACGACGCUGCAGCCCAAUAUUGGCACGGUCGUGCUGGACAACCACACGGGCAGACCCAUCAUCGAGAGCAAGCAGCGGGGUGUUGCGCCACGCGAGAACUUCACCAUUGCGGACAUCCCAGGUUUGAUUGAGAACGCGCACAUGGAUAAAGGCUUGGGGAUCAAGUUCCUGCGGCACGUAGAGCGCGCGGCGGUGCUGGCAUUCGUGGUCGACUUGAAUGCAGGCGACGCUGUUGAGGCUCUGCAGGCCCUCUGGCGCGAGGUCGGCGCGUACGAGACUCUGCGCGGCGAGGAGCUCAAUGCUGAGACGCAGCGCAUCUUGACGGAUAAGUUUGCGUCGUCCACGGGUGCGGAUAUCUUCGGCCGCGACCCGGACGAGGAGAUCGAGCUUGAGCCGCUCGCGCUGCCGCCCAUGUCGUCGAAGCCGUGGUUCGUCGUCGCGACGAAGGCGGACCUAGAUGGCACGCAGGAGAACUUUGCGAAGUUGAUGGCGUAUCUGAAGGAAGUGCAGGCGGGAAAGGCGCCGCAUCCGAGCGGGAAGAAGAAUGGGUGGAAGAAGAACAUCAAUGCUGUCCCGGUUAGUGCAAUCCAGGCGCAUGGUGUGAGCAAGAUCCCGGAAGUGGUGGUGCGGCUGUUGGAGGAUGCGGGAUUGUAGUAGUUUCUGGUGCCAUCUUGUACAUAUUGUAGCAGGCGAGCUGCCAAAAAGAUAUACCCGCGUAGCACGAUGUAUAGCAAACGAAGAAUGCGUGUGAAAUGGAAACUCGAAC